UUGCUGAAGCUUAAACCUACCGACAAUCGUAUGUCGGUAAAAGAUUUAUCUCAAAAGUAUGAUAAAAUCAAUUGGUUAAAAAUUAUAAAUUCAGUAUUAAAUCCAAGCAACGAAUCUGUGUACCCUAACGACAUUGUUGAAUUGAAUGAUCCAAAUUACGUAUGUCGGUUGGAACAAUUGCUCGAAACUACACCGAAAAAAACUCUCGCCAAUUUUCAACUUUGGCAAGUGAUUGUUGACCUGAUUGAUUAUAUGCCAGAAGCCUUCGAUGAUAGGAAGCUUUUAUUCAACAAGAUUGCAGCAGGAAUAGAUAAAAAACCGAAUAGAAACACUUGGUGUGUAAAUAAAGUACGGGAAAGUUUACCACUUGCCGUGAGUUCCAUGUAUGUUAGAAACUUUGACAAAAACGUAAAAGAUAAGGUCUCUGAACUGGUAAGCGAUCUUAAAUCACAAACCAGAGCAUCGAUAAAAAAUAUAAGUAAUUUGAUGAAUCAACUUUGCAAAGUACACCAUUGUCUCAUUUCUUUAAAAAAAAUGCGAUGUUACAGUUGUCUUGGAUGGACGAAACGACAAGAAAAGCAGCUUUGGACAAACUUGAUGCAAUGGACGCUUUAAUUGCUUACCCGGAUGAAUUAUUAGACGACGAAUUAAUCGACGCAUAUUAUGCAGAUGUGGAAAUUCAUCCUGGAAGCUUUCUCGGAGAUUACUUGACGAUUAAUAGAUUUGUUCUGAAAGAUAAUUAUAGACGAUUAAGAAUAUCUACUGGAGGGUCUGGUUGGAUAGAAGAAGCAAAUGUGGCAGUAAUAAAUGCUUAGUAUGCCUUUUCCAGAAAUAAAAUAAUUUACCGGCUGGUAUUCUGCGGGGACACUUUUUCCAAUCAGACCUACCAAAGUACGUAACUACGGUUCAACGGGAUACGUGAUAGGUCACGAGAUUAUUCAUGGAUUUGAUCUUGUGGGAUCGAAUUACAACAAAGAAGGAAAUAUUGUUGACUGGUGGGAUGAGAAAACUAAAAAUAAAUUCAACGAAAAGGCUCAAUGUAUGAUCGAACAAUACAACAACUACACCGUCGAGCAAGUUGGAGUAAGGUGAGAGGAGAUAAAUCCAUCACUGAAAAUAUCGCAGACAACGCUUACCAACAAUGGGUAAACAGAAGUAACGUGAAGGAACCCUGUCUGCCAAAUCUCGACUACACUUCGCAACAAAUGUUUUGGAUCAGUGCAGCCAACGUCUGGUGCGCCAAAGUUAAAGACGAUGUACUUCGAAUAUUGGUUCAAGACGGCGUUCACAGCCCGAAUAUAUCUCGCGUGUCAGUAACUUUUUCUAACAUGGAAGAAUUCGCCAGAGAUUUUCAGUGUGAAAUUGGGUGCAAAAUGAAUCCAGAGAAUAAGUGCAGCGUAUGGUAACAAGUGUAAUGAAACGUGCAGUAUAUUGAUUAUAAUAUUGAAAAUUAAUAUUGAAAAAUAGAAGCAAUGAGUUAUUUAUUUUC